UGAGCUGGGAGAGGAGCGGGGCGGCGGGCUGGUCAAAGCCCUAGCCUUUUUCCGGUCAAACCAAAUCGAUCCCCUUUCUUCCCCGCCGCGGAAUUGGCUCCGGCUCCCGGGCGGCGGCGGUGGCGGCGGCCGGCGGGCGAUGAAUCCCGACCUGUCCAGGUGCGCCAGGCACCCGUCGCAGCCGCCCUUCACGGGCUUCUGCUCCGCCUGCCUCCUCGAGCGCCUCUCCGCCGCCGCGCUCCCGGCCACGCCCCCGGCCUCCUCCCCGUCCCCCCUUCCUCCCCCUCCUCCCCCUCCUCCUCCUCCUCGACCGGCCCAGCAGGGGGAGGGCCGGACCACGCUGCUCCGCCUCUUCCAGCUCCACGACCAGCAGGACCGGCCCCCGCCGCCCCACGGGCCCGAGGAGCAAGAUCCCGAGCCCCCCCAGGCCGACCCGCCGCUGCAGCGCAAGCGCUCCCUCCGCCAGUCCUGCGAGUGGAUCGUCUGCUGCGAGCACGGCCACGACCCCGCCUCCUGGCUCCCCUCCCGCCAGUCCUGGGACGCCAACGACUCCGCCUCCGCCUCAACCUCCGCCGCCGCCGCUGCGCCCAGCACCGCCGGCACCACCACCGCCCCUGCUUCGGCUUCGGCGCUCGUGCUCCACUCCACCUCAAGCAAGGCCCCGCUCAGGCCGUGGUGGGACCGCACGCUCCGGGCGGCGAACCCGGUGGCGGGCCUCCUCAGCAGAUCCCUGUCCUCGCAGUCCUGGCGGGAGGCGGACGCGGCGGCGAGGUCCCGGGCGCAGGGCGGCGCCGCGGCGCGGGCCAACGGGGGCAGCCACUCCGUGUCCUCCUCCGCCGGCGGCGUCGACUCGGAGGUGUCGCCGGCCGACUCGCUGCACGCGCAUGUACAUAGCGCCGGCCGCCACCGCGGCGACUCCCUGCUCAGGAGGUUCUACUGGCUCGGCCGCAGCAGCAGCGUCCACUGCCCGUCGCCCCGCCGGAGCCCCGACACCGGGAUGCUGCGCUUCCACCGCACCCCUUCCACCACCACCAGGAGCAAGACCCAGGGCAGGAGGCGCCUCAACCUCUUUGCUGCUCGCAGCCACAGACAUCAGCAACACCAACAUUAGCCAUGGACAGUGAAAUGUUUCUCCUGCUGGUGUAAAGUCCCUCUUCAAUCAAGUUAACCAAAUGCUGCUCUUCCAUGUCGUCGCAACGAUGUUUCAGGUUCACUAGCCUGGUUGCGGAGGCGUCGAUAGCCCUCCACUGUCAAUUCAGAAUUUGUUGUCUUCGUCGUGGUUUGCCGAUAUUUCGCUGCUGGCGACAGUAAUCAGGCUGCCAUAUUCGACAACGUCGCCACGGUGCUUGGGAGUGGAAGAUGCACACCGAAAUGUCCCCUCGUCGGUAACUUGUAGGUGUUAAUAAUUCGUCCCAUUCUUUGUACUAUGUAUGUUAUACAAUAAACUGCUGGAUUCAGAAACUUAAAUAGAAGCUGAUAAUAGCUGACCCCUGUUCGUUUAUUCUUAAGAGUUAUGACUGAUGG